AUGAAGAUGAAGGUGUUGUUGUGGGUCGUGGUUCUGCUCGGCGUCGUCCUCCCCCGCUCUGCUGACUGUCGACCCGUUGACUCCCCCGCCGGCCGCCGCCUGCUCCUCCCCCAACCGCUGCUGCUCCACCUGGGGGAGGAGUUCUCCCUCCGAGUGGGAGGAGGUGGAGGAUCCUCCUCUGCUCCGGGCCUCCUCUCCUCCUCAUCUUCGGCGGUGAACCGGGCUCAGGCUCAGGAGGUGGAGGAGCAGGAGGAGGCCGUGGAGAAGGGGAGGAGGUCAGAGGAGCCUCCCAUUUCUCUGGAUCUGACCUUCCACCUGCUCAGAGGAGUUCUGGAGAUGGCCCGGGCCGAGCAGAUCGCCCAGCAGGCCGACAGCAACCGCAAGAUGAUGGACGCCUUCGGGAAGUGA